AACUAAUAAAUAUCGCAAUAUUGCAAUGCGUAUUUAAAUUGAUUUACCAUUAAAUAUUUUUGUGGUUUUGGUUGUAAAAGCAACAGCAGAUUUUUUUUUCUAUAAGUUUUGAGGUUAUGUUUUAGGUGAAACAAUGAAAUACGCUGUAAUAUUACUUUGUCUUGCUGCAUUCUGUGAAUCUUCCCCUGUUUCGACAUCAUCAAAAUAUGAUCUGACAUUUGUUUCCCGAGAAAAAUGGGGAGCACUUCCGCCGGUAUCUGUUAUUCAACUGAAUAGUCCUGUCAACUUUGUUAUCAUACACCACAGCUAUCUCCCUGCAGCGUGCUUCAAUUUCAUCACCUGCGCGGCAGCCAUGAGGUCGAUGCAGAACUUUCACCAGCUGACGAACCAAUGGGCCGAUAUUGGAUACAAUUUCGCAGUGGGAAGUGACGGUGCCGUGUAUGAAGGAAGAGGCUGGGAUGCUGUUGGAGCUCAUGCUGCAGGAUAUAACUCGCAAAGUAUUGGCAUCGUUCUCAUUGGAGACUGGAUCUCAUCAGUUCCACCAAGUGUCCAGCUACAAGCAGCAAAAGAUCUUAUUUCUAUAGGCGUGGAGCUUGGAUACAUAAGACCAGAUUACCAACUCAUUGGCCACAGACAAGUAAGAGCAACGGAAUGCCCAGGAGAUGCUCUUUACAACGAGAUAUCAAAUUGGGAAAGAUUCACCCAUGAUGUUUAUUAAUUUUACAAAUGGUUUUCAUGUUAUAAAUUAAAUGAUUGGAAUUAAUAAAGUUUAUUCAAAGAGGCAAA